GCUUCUCUUGGUCAAUGGUAACGAAAUUAUCACUCAUUUUUCCAUCCAAAUUUGUGCAGAGCAGAGAUCUCCUUGAUUAGCAACGAGAGAGGAAUACUAACAAGUACAGAACCAUGGAGCUGGUGGUGGGCGCUUCGGAAGCGACGAUGAGGUCGGUCUUGGGCAAGCUAGGCGGCCUCCUCGCUCAGGAGUACACCCUGAUUCGGGGCGUCAACCGCGACCUCCAAUACAUCAACGACGAGCUGUCCACCAUGCAGUCCUUCCUCCGCGUCGUCGGAGGAAGCCAUGGCCACGACGACCGGAUGAAGGACUGGAUGAAGCAGAUCCGUGACAUCACCUAUGAUAUUGAGGACUGCAUCGACGACUCCGGCCACCGCCUCCACGGCCUGCGCACCGACAUGUGCUGCUACUUCCUAGUCAACAGCGUCUACGAGGUUCUUACUUGGUGGCCUCGGCGGGAUCUUUCUACCAAGAUAUCGACUCUCAAGAUGCGGGCACAGCAGAUCGGCGAGAGGCGCGAGAGAUACGGCGUGAACAAUCCGGACAUCAGUGGAUCUGGUGGGGGACCCAGCACGGCUACCGGAUUUGACGCCGCGGACAACCAGCACUCGAACCUUCAGCUUGUCGCCGCGAAGGAACCCGUGGGAGUCGAGGAAUACAUGGGGGAGCUUGAGAAGUGGGUGACUAACGAAAAUAACAGCUCCGGCGUGCUGUACAUUGUCGGGUUCGGAGGUGUGGGGAAGACCACCAUCGCCAACGCCCUGUAUAGGAAAUUUAUGGACCAAUUCGACCACAGCGCGGUGGUAACGGUGUCUCAGAGCUCCGACAUCAACACAGUCCUCACGAACAUCAAGAAUCAAGUCAUGCCGCAGUCGAACAGCCACAAACAGCAGGGCGAUGAUGUCAUACCGAGUCGUAUCGAUCUCGAGGAGCACUUCAGGGAGAACAGUUACUUGGUCUUAGUUGAUGAUGUAUGGUCUGCAACAACGUGGGACCAAAUUAAAAAGGUGUUGCCUCCGAGUCGGAAACGCAGCAGAAUUAUAGUAACUACACGGUUUCAAGCUGUUGCUACUACACGUAGAGGAGAAGGAGGUGACCAUACUCAUAAAGUUAUCCCUCUUGGUGUCAAAGAAUCUGAGAAGUUAUUUAAGCAAGCCUUCUUUGAAUCCAAAGGAAGACAAGAUAAUAUGACACGGUCUCAAGCUGUUUCUACAACAUCUAAGAGAGUAGAAGGUCAUGAAGAUGUUAUGGUUCCGGAGGAAGUCUGGAGGAUGUGCGGUGGGCUUCCGCUGGCCAUAGUUAUCAUGGCUGGUUAUGCGGCCUGCAACCCACGUAAAACACGGGAUGAUUGGUUGAAAAUUUGCAGUUCUCUAUUUCCAGAAUCAGGCAAAGAUCACUGGAAAGAUGGCGAGAAAGACCUUACCCAGGAGGAAGUGGGCAGGAUUAUCAGUUAUUGCUACAAUGACAUGCCUGCUGAAAUCAAGACUUGCUCGCUAUAUUUGAGCAUAUUUCCAAAGGGCCACAAGAUCAGCAGGAAGCGUUUGACAAGGCGAUGGAUAGCGGAAGGAUUUGUCGUUGAGAAGCAGGGGCUUAGUGUGGAGGAUGUUGCUGAGACAUAUUUCAAUCAUCUCAUACGGAGGAAAAUUAUCCGACCAGUGGAGCACAACAGCAAUUUAAAGGUGAAGAAAUGCAUAGUCCAUGACAUGGUUCUUCAACACAUUGUAGCGAAGGCAAGUGAAGAGAAUUUCAUCACAGUGGUUGGUGGUAACUGGCUCAUGCCACCACCUAGCAGUAAGGUCCGUCGGCUGUCCCUCCAAGGCAGUGAUUACAAACAUGCAAAGGAUACAGAGAAGAUGAACCUGUCUCAUGUUCGGUCACUAACCAUGUUUGGGAGCUUGAAUCAACUUCCUUCCCAUUCGUUCAAGAUUGGAAUUGUACAGGUUCUGGAUCUUGAAGGCUGCACAGGUUUCAGAAAACACCAUACAAAGCAGAUAUGCAAAAUGCUUCUUCUCAAGUAUCUCAGCCUCCGCAGAACUGACACUAAACGGCUUCCCAAAGAGAUAGGGAAGCUUAAGAACCUAGAGACUCUGGACAUCAGAGAGACGAAUGUUGUUGAGUUACCUAAGACUGUAUGCCACCUUGAACAGCUGGUUAACAUACUUGGUGGAGACAAAAGAACACGGAUGGCAUUGAAACUUCCUGAAGAGUUAAGUAAGAGAAAGAAAAUGAAGGCCCUCCGCAUACUGUCAGGGAUUGAGAUCCUUGGGGGAUCAGGGGACUUUCAUCAUUUAACUGAGCUGAGGAAGCUUGUCAUCUACAAGCUCAAAACCAUUGGGGACAAUGGGAGCUUCCAGGAUUUAAGCUCCUCCAUCGAGUACCUCGGUGGUUACUCUCUACACACACUUGUAAUUGAUGAUGAGUCAUCUAGUUUUAUAGAAUCAUUGCAUUAUCUGACAGCCCCACCCAAAUUCCUUGCUGCCCUUGAAUUGUCAGGCAAGCUGGUUAUGCUCCCCAGUUGGAUUGAAAAACUCGGUGCUCUCAACAAAUUAACCCUUUCAGUAACAGCACUCCGAACAGAUAACUUGGAGAACCUCAGUAAACUAGAGGCAUUGAUCUCUCUCACGUUUUCAUUCAGGGCAAAGGAACGUGAUCCACAAAUACUGAGCAUUCUUGCAGGAAACAAGCUAUACUCCAAAGGGGAGAUCAAAGUUCCAGAUAGAGGAUUUAAGAGUCUUAAGCUUCUUCGUUUCUCUGCUCCUCUCUUGCCAUUACUUAGCUUUCCAAAAAAUGCCAUGCCACAACUAGAAAAGCUUGAGGUGAGGUUCAGCAUGCUUGAGGGCCUUUUUGGUGUGGAAAACCUUGCAAAACUCAAAACAGUGCAUUUGGCAUCAGACAACAAAGCUGGUGAAGAUAUGACGAGGGAGAUACAAUGCGAGCUAGAGAGUAAAGUGAGACAUACUGAUGGCGAGAUUCCCAGAAUAAUCCUUCACCACUGACUGACUGAGAUGAAGUCGAACUGGGGAUCCUUGUGCAUUAAAGAUCAUCACGCUUCUCUACUUGUUCUAACUUCUAAGAGAUCUCCAUGCUACUUGUGCCAAAGUUGCUCAAACUGGGAUGAUGCUUCAUCCAGUACACUCAUUUAGUGUGGUAAAUGUUUUAUUAAUUGUGUUCGAAAUAAGUUUGUCGACCAAAUAGCAAUGACCUUAUAGAUUUCAUUCAUGACAAUGUUUUUGUCAUCUGUCUGCAUAUCUGUCGGAAAUUAUAGGUGUUCAAUUUUGUAUAAUCGA